AGCCAUGGGGGCCGGGGCUGGGCUGGGCCCCCUCUUGCUAUAAAUACGCUGGCCGUCUGGAGGUUCGGGUUUGGUGGCUUGUGCUCAGGACCGGCGACUUCCACCACUGCUGCUGCUGCUACUGCUGCUGUUCUUCUUCUCAGGGGAGCAUCUUCAUUCUCCUCCUCCUCCUCCUCAUCCUCCUCAUCGUGGUCAUCCGUGUUCUGGGCAUCCAAGAUGCCGCGAGUGGACUCAGACCUCAAGCUGGACUUCAAGGAUGUCCUGUUCAGACCCAAGAGGAGCAGCCUGAAGAGUCGCUCAGAGGUGGACCUUCAGAGGACCUACACAUUCCGCAACUCCAAGCAGACGUACACCGGCAUCCCUGUCAUCGCCGCCAACAUGGACACCACAGGGACGUUUGAGAUGGCGCAGGUCCUCAGCCAACACACCCUCUUCACAACCAUUCACAAACACUACUCCGUAGAGGAAUGGAAAGACUUUGCUGCUGCUCAUCCAGAAUGCAUGGAGCAUUUAGCUGCCAGCUCCGGGAGCAGCAACGCAGACCUGGAGAAGCUGUGUGCCAUCGUGGAAGCCGUCCCCACCCUCAAGUACAUCUGUCUGGACGUGGCCAACGGCUACUCCGAGUACUUUGUGGAGUUUGUGAAGACGGUCAGAGGGAAGUUCCCCAAACACACCAUCAUGGCCGGUAACGUGGUCACAGGGGAGAUGGUGGAGGAGCUCAUCCUCUCCGGGGCCGACAUCAUCAAAGUGGGCAUCGGGCCAGGUUCUGUGUGCACGACGAGGAUCAAGACCGGAGUGGGUUACCCACAGCUCAGUGCUGUCAUCGAGUGUGCAGACUCAGCCCAUGGACUGAAAGGACACAUCAUCUCUGAUGGAGGCUGCAGUUGCCCCGGUGACGUCGCCAAAGCCUUUGGUGCCGGGGCCGACUUUGUGAUGAUGGGGGGAAUGCUCGCAGGCCACGACCAGUGCAACGGGGAGGUCAUCGAGAAGAACGGCAAGAAGUACAAACUCUUCUACGGCAUGAGCUCCGACACGGCCAUGAAGAAGUACGUGGGCGGGGUCGCUGAGUACAGGGCAUCUGAGGGGAGGACGGUGGAGGUGCCGUACAGGGGAGACGUGGAGAACACCAUCCGUGACGUGCUGGGGGGCCUGCGCUCCACCUGCACCUACGUGGGCGCCGCCAAGCUGAAGGAGCUCAGCAGGAGAACCACCUUCAUCCGUGUCACACAACAGUCAAGCCACAUGUUCACUUAGCGGAUUGUAGACACACACACACACAUAUAUACAAAGGCUGCGCAAUAUGCAAUGUACAUGUGGUAUGCAGAGUUCAAAUGUGCAAUAUUAGGACAAUGGUGUAACAUUCAGGCGGAGAAACACACACACACACACACACACACACACACACACACACACACACACACACACAAUGACCUGACCCGUGUCUCUCAGGAUAUCUGCUGUCAUGAAUGUUAUUUUCCUGCAGGUUGACUUGAAACUUUCUCCCAGAGGCAUCAUCUCCCUUAAACCUACAGCGAGUGCGUUUACAUGCUUACAGACAUAAUGUGCUAUUGAUUUCAUUUCUGAAUGGGUCAUGUUCAAAUGUCAUGUUUCAGUUAUAACAGCCUAGAGACAUGAAACCCUCCACUGAGACAUGUGUACCUCUGAUAUCUUUCUAAAGACUCUUCUAACCUGAGCAUUUCUACAGUAACAGCAUAUCAAGGAUGGGAACUAACACUUUGCAUGUAAACACACUCGGCAGCAGGAGUCUGAUACGUCUCCGGAGAACGUUCGGUUUGAAGGAAUGUUUCAAUCAAUGUGUGCAAGAUCCCAGAGACGCCGCCCUUUAAUUGUCACUGGAGAAAUCAUGUUGCAAUAAAGUGCAUGCAGGGCCCUCUGCUGAUUUCA